CCCGUACCUUACCGACCACAGCUGCCUCUCACAUACUACUUACUACGGCUUGCAAUGUGACUCAAAAAUACCCGCUACAGGAGCGCCGUUUUUGACAGCUGAAGGAUUGUGUACGAUCACGCCUCUUGGUAACUACAAAAGGGAGAAAACAGGGGGAAAUCAAAAGAGGAAAAUACCCUUUUGCCAUGACAGUGGAUUUGCUCGCGAUUUUAUGUGCAAUCGCUACGGUUUCUGCAGUGGAAGAAACGGUGAUGGACACGCGGACAGCCACGGCAGAGCUCGGCUGGACGGCGUACCCGGCAUCGGGGUGGGAGGAGGUCAGCGGCUAUGAUGAGAACCUGAACACCAUCCGGACGUACCAGGUUUGCAACGUUUUCGAGCCCAGCCAGAACAACUGGCUGCUGACCACGUUCAUCAAGCGGCGCGGGGCCCAGAGGAUCUACGUGGAGAUGCGUUUCACCGUCCGCGACUGCAGCAGCAUCCCCUACGUGCCGGGCUCCUGCAAGGAGACCUUCAACCUCUACUACUACGAGACGGACGCCGUGAUCGCCACCAAGGGCUCCGCCUUUUGGAUGGAGGCGCCCUACCUGAAGGUGGACACCAUCGCGGCCGACGAGAGCUUCUCGCAGGUGGACUUCGGCGGCCGCCUGAUGAAGGUCAACACGGAGGUGCGCAGCUUUGGGCCGCUGUCCCGCCGCGGCUUCUACCUGGCCUUCCAGGACUACGGCGCCUGCAUGUCGCUGCUCUCCGUCCGCGUCUUCUUCAAGCGCUGCCCCAGCGUGGUGCAGAACUUCGCCGUCUUCCCCGAAACCAUGACGGGUGCCGAGAGCACCUCCCUGGUCAUCGCCCGGGGCGUCUGUGUUCCCAACUCAGAGGAGGUGGAUGUGCCUAUUAAGCUGUACUGCAACGGAGACGGCGAAUGGAUGGUUCCCAUCGGCAGCUGCACCUGCAAGGCCGGCUACGAGCCAGACAACGGGAACGUGUGUCGAGCUUGCCCUCCCGGUACCUUCAAAUCCAGCCAGGGGGCAGGACUGUGCCAGCAGUGUCCCCCCAACAGCCGGUCAUCUGUGGAGGCUGCCACCAUCUGUGCCUGCCGCAACGGCUACUACCGCAGUGACACGGAUCCUCCGGAAGCUUCCUGCACCAGUGUUCCCUCUGGUCCUCGGAACGUCAUCUCCGUUGUGAAUGAGACCUCGGUGGUCCUGGAGUGGAACCCGCCGCGAGAGACGGGGGCCCGCGAGGACGUGGUCUACAACGUGCUGUGCCGCAAGUGCCGCUCUGACCGGCGGGCGUGCUCGCCAUGCGACGACAAUGUGGAGUUCGUGCCGCGGCAGCUGGGCCUCAGUGACACGCGCGUGUUCAUCAGCAACCUGUGGGCUCACACGCCCUACAUGUUUGAGAUCCAAGCUGUCAACGGCGUGACCAGCAAGAGCCCUUACCCUGCCCAGCACGUCACCGUCAACAUUACCACCAACCAAGCCGCCCCGUCCAUGAUUCCCAUCAUGCACCAGGUCAGCUCCACCAUGACCAGCAUCACCAUCUCGUGGCCACAGCCUGAGCAGCCCAAUGGCAUCAUCCUGGAUUACGAGCUGCGGUAUGCGGAGAAGGACCACCCGGAGUCAAACUCGUCGGUGGUGCGGAGCCAGACCAACACGGUGCGGCUGGAGGGCCUGCGGGCCGGCACGAUGUACGAGGUGCAGGUCCGCGCGCGCACUGUCGCCGGCUUCGGCAAGUUCAGCGGCAAGAUGUGCUUCCAGACCCUGACUGACGACGAGUACAAGUCGGAGUUGCGGGAGCAGCUGCCCCUGAUCGCGGGCUCAGCGGCAGCCGGCGUGGUGCUGGUCGUGUCCCUGGUGGCCAUCUCCAUCGUCUGCAGCAGGAAGAGGGCCUUCAUUAAGGAGACCAUAUACAGUGACAAGCUGCAGCACUACAAUACAGGGAGAGAGCUCUCCCUGAGGCCAGACCUGACCAACUGCCACACCCCUGCCGGCUGCCCCUCCCACUUCCCGGGCUCCCCGGGGAUGAAGAUCUACAUCGACCCAUUCACCUAUGAGGACCCGAAUGAGGCUGUACGCGAGUUUGCCAAGGAGAUUGACGUCUCCUGCGUGAAGAUCGAGGAGGUCAUCGGCGCAGGGGAGUUCGGCGAGGUUUAUAAGGGCCGGUUGAAGCCAGUGGGCAAGCGGGAGCUGUCGGUGGCCAUCAAGACGCUGAAGGCAGGCUACUCGGAGAAGCAGAGGCGGGACUUCCUGAGCGAGGCCAGCAUCAUGGGCCAGUUUGACCACCCCAACAUCAUCCGACUGGAGGGAGUGGUUACCAAGAGCCGGCCGGUCAUGAUCAUCACGGAGUUCAUGGAGAAUGGCGCUCUGGACUCCUUCCUUAGGCAGAAUGACGGGAAGUUCACGGUGAUCCAGCUGGUGGGCAUGCUGCGCGGAAUGGCGGCUGGGAUGAAGUACCUCUCCGAGAUGAACUACGUGCACCGAGACCUGGCUGCCAGAAACAUCUUGGUUAACAGCAACCUGGUGUGCAAGGUGUCCGACUUUGGGCUGUCGCGCUACUUACAGGACGACACGUCUGACCCCACCUACACCAGCUCCCUGGGUGGGAAGAUCCCAGUCCGAUGGACGGCCCCAGAGGCCAUCGCCUACAGGAAGUUCACCUCGGCCAGUGAUGUGUGGAGCUACGGCAUCGUCAUGUGGGAAGUGAUGUCGUUUGGCGAGCGACCCUACUGGGACAUGAGCAACCAGGACCCUGUGAGUGAGAGCGUACGCCUUAUAAUGGACCGGCGUCCUCUCCAGGGUGUACAGCCAGGGCAGCAGUAG